CGAUUUUUAAGGAGAGGGUUAUAUGAGGAGCUUGGUGUAUAGGAAGAUGUGGUGGAUUGUUCAUAGAAGGAAGAACAAGAGGAACUUACACCGCGACUUUGAGGAGAAGAGUAUAUGUGACUUGGGGAAAGACUUGGAGGAGAUACUAAAGGGGAGACUCGAGACGAUAGAGGAGGAACCAGAAGCAGAAGAACGAGAGUGGCUAGGAGAAUCUCAGAAGCCAAUGUUGGUUAAGGCUAAAAUGAGAGUGGAGAAGGGAAAGGCAAUAGUAAAAGCAAAAGUGAAAAGUGGGAAAGUGUUUUACAUGUUGUGUGUUAUUGGCUUAGCCUCUAAACGUGGUUUUAAUGAUCUUGUUCUUCACUAGACCCUAAUUUUUUUUUUCUUGAUGAAUGUGUAUAUAUGUGUGUAUUUAUCUCGGUUAUACUUGUGUAAUAUGCAGUUUUUUCUUGCCACACUUACUAAAUGAAAAGGUUGAAGUCAUG